CGCACCCUGACGCUCAUAUUUUGAAAGGAAUAUUAUAAAUGGUUAUAAAAUGAAACGCCAUAUGAGAGAGAGAGAAGCGGGAACAUGGAUUCUACAGAAAUCGAUGAAUCUAUUUUUCUUAAUGAUGUAAAAAGCAAUGAAGUUUAUACCAUCUUGUUGACUGGAGAAGAAGCAAAAUGUUUAGGAGCAGAUAAUAGCAUAAAUAAAAUACAUCAUGAAGAGUCUGUACACAAUGACCAUAGUGACAAUGUUGGAGCUUUUAAAUGGUCUCAUGAAGCGACUCUUUUAUUAAUCGAAGAAUAUAAUUUGCGACAACAAGAUUUUACCAGUGGAAUUAUGUCACAGAAGAAGUUAUGGUCAUUAAUUGCAGAUCAAUUAAAACAACAUGAAUAUAAUGUAACUGGACUGCAAUGUUUAUCUAAGUUUUCUGGUUUGAAACGAACUUAUAAUAGUAUUAAAGAAAGUAACAACAGACAUAGAUCUAAACCAUGGCCAUAUUUUUCUCAUAUGGAUGAAUUACUUCAGCCAAAAUCAUGUACAUCACCAUUAAUGACAGUAUUAUUGACUGAAAAGAAAUAUAAGGUACAUUCUACAUGCAGCACAUCUAGUCUAGAUACUUGUUUCGAAGAUGAGCCAGUGCAUAAAAAAUCUCGGCAAAUGUCUACUAUAGAAGAAUAUGUGAAAGAUCUUCGAAAUGAAAGAAAAAUUUCAGAAGCAGCUGUUGAGAGGCGUCAUAAAGAAAACAUAGAAUUACGUCAUCGAUUACUUCAUUCAUUUGAGAAAAUGUUAGAUAUUUUGAAAAAAAAAUAAAACA